AUGAGUAGUUAUAUAACACCUUCUUCUUCUGCCUAUAUUGACGAAAAUAAUACAAAUAAUAAUAAUAAUAGUGAUGCCAGUAUUUAUAUAGACGAUACAACAUCAACCACAUCAACUAAUAAUUAUCAAUAUAAAAAGACUAUUGUCAAUAAUAACAGUGGCAAUAUUAAAAUUAGUAAUUCAAGCUUUAAUAGUAAUACUACAAAUAGUAAUAUUGGUUCGAAUAUUUACAACAAUGAAGAUAUAUGGUAUUAUUUAAAAAAAGAAAGUUAUUCAUGUAUUAGCCAUAUUGCAGAGUUUCAGUCAUAUCACUUAAAUCAAGAGAAUAAAUCAGUUUGUUCAUAUAUAAUCGAUCCUUCUACAACUUGUUCCUCUUCAUACUCUAAAAUUUAUUCAGUAACUAGUGAAAAUAAUGGAAAUGCAUUUAAUGUUUACACAAGCAAUAGUAAUAGUAGCUACAGUAUAAACGGUGCCAGUAUUUAUGGAAAUGCCAAAAACUCGAUCUAUAACACCAAUUCUGUAUCAUAUGGUCAACCAACAACUGCUUAUGUCAUGAAAGAAUCAUUGUGGAAAAAUGAUGGUUCUUCAGCUUCAUCAUCAUACUCAUCAAACUACAUCCAACCAUUGUCUGUAUCAAAUGAUCAAUCAUUGAAUUCAAUCAUUAAUAUGACAAAUAGCAGUAGUUAUGGUGGUUAUCCAAAUUUAAAUAAUAGUGCCAACAAUAAUAAACUACAAGACUCUGGAUCAUCAAAUGGUUCUUCCAACUAUAUCGAACAAUAUUUAGACCCUAUAAAUACAAAAUCCAAUAAUUUAAUGGACUCUAGCUAUCAUUAUAUAUUCCAUAACCAUCAAAAUUCAUCAUCAUCAUCUUCAUCUCCUCCAACAUUAUUAAAUUCAGCAGGUUCCACACAUUUAAAUUCUUCAGCAAAUUUAAUAAAUUCAACAUCCUCCACAUCAUCGGGACUAUUAAACUCAACAAAUUCAACGGCUUCAUUAAAUCAUCUGCAACAACAGCAACCACAAGAAGAUGUUCUACCAUGGAAUGAAAGUUUUCAACAAAUCUUGGAUAAGCCAAUUAAAUCAUCAGAGGAAGAACUUGAAAGAAAUUUAAAUAUUAGCAACAUGUCCCAAUUGUUGGCUAAUCAAGCAAUUAAAUAUGUUAAAACAUUGGUUAGGGAAGUUCAUUUAUCACCAGAGGAUAAAACUAUUAAACCAUACCAAAUUGGUGGUUUUGCAGGUGGCGAAAAAUAUAAAAUCGAUUCAAUGUUUAUAAAAUUUGCAUUAAAUCCAUUUAAAAUUUACGAAGGUAAUAAUACUUUAUCCUACUUUGCAAAUAAAAGUGCAGGCCACGAACUUAAAAGUAUUAGUGUGUUGUUGUCGUGUGGUUUAAAUUUACAUGUUCCAUUGAUUUGCUUAUUGAAUUAUAGAGGUUUCCGUCUUAGUGUAAUUUCAGAAUUACCAAUCACAUCAAAUACCAUAGUUUUUGGUAGUUCAAAUGCUGGCGCCACAAUUCAUGAUAAUGAAACCGUUUCAAAAAUGAUGGUUAAAAUUGGUGAAAUAUUAAAUCUCAAAGCUCACGAUGCAAAAGAAAAUCAAAAAUCACCACCAUUAAUUUCAAGCAAUAAUAGUGAAUCAAAGAAGCCACCAAAACAAGUAAAAAUUCCAUUAGCAAUUGAUAUUGAAGGUCAUUAUGGUACAGAUGGUCGUUAUUAUAUUGUUGAUUCUGCAAGAUUAUUACCACCAGAAAAACCACAAAUUGGUAUCACAGGUGGAUUUUUAUAUAAAUUAUUUAGAGAAGAAUUUGUAAAGAAAUAUGAAACUCAAUUGUGUUCAGAUUCAUUUUCAAAUUUUCAAGUUGUAGAUUUAGAGUUUUAUAAUCGUGAAAUUGAAAAGGCAACAAAUUAUUUAAUUACAAAAAUUAUACCAAACUUUGUAGAUACCGUUUUAUUAAAAGAAAAUACAGUUUUGAAGAGGUUAAAUUUAAAGGAAUUAUUACAUUCAAAUGGAAUCAAUCUUAGAUACUAUGGUUUAGUGUUAUAUCAAUUGGUUGCAGCAGGUAAUAGUUUGAAGAUUGUAUUAAAUAGAAUCGAAGUAUUAAAGGGAAAAGUUAUAGUUGAAAUGUUAUCAAGAUUAUUAAGAUUCGUUGUAUUCUCAGAAAUGCGUAAAUUAAACGAACAAGAAGACCGUGAGCAUUUACAAAUUGUUUUAAAUCAUUUAAAUUUAAUUUUACCAGUUGUUCCAUCUGUAAAUAGUCAUCUCUAUUGGGUCAAUUUUAUUGCUAAUGCUUUAUCUGCCAAAUUCACAUCAUCAUUCCCAGAUAUGCCUCAAGCUUCUUUAGUUAGAUCUUUAAUAACCGAAUCAUAUGGUCUUUUCACCCUUUUUAAUACCCAACUAAAGUUACGUUAUAAAUUUUUAAAGAAAUUCAGCCAACUAACUGGUAUUGUAGUAAGUCCACAUUAUCUAGGAGUAUUGAAACAAAUUUCGAAUAACACUGGUUUCAAUGUUGCAAUACCCAUACUUCAACUAUCUGAUUUUAUCGAAAUCACUGUUAUAGUCAAGCAUAUGAAGAUUUUAUCAACUUUUAAAGCUUUUGAACAAUUUUCAGAUGCAGAAAAAUAUUACCUCACAGAAUUAAAGUAUAAAAUUGACAAAUUGGGUGAAGAACACACCCAGGUCGCUCAAGUUCAUGUAAAUUUAUCAGAUCUUUAUACUUCAAAUUCAUAUUUAAAAGAAGCACAGGGCCAUUUAAUUCAAGCUGUAGAUAUCUAUAUUAAAAGAUUUGGUUCGGAGGAUCUUGGUACUGUAACAACUAAAGAGAAAUUAGGUUUGGUUUUGAUCAAGAGAAAUAAGAUUGAUAAAGCUGCCGAAAUUUUCAAAGAAGUUUUAGAAGUUAAAAAGAAAAUUUUAUCAACUGAUAAUAUAGAAAUUGCUGAUACUUAUGAUAAUUUAGCUUGGGUUUAUCAAAAUAAAAAUGAUUUCCAACAAUCUAUCGCAAACUAUUCAGAGGCUUUAAGAAUCAAAAAUGAAAAGACUGGUAACUCUUUAACAACUGCUAAAACUUUAAAUAAUAUUGGUCAUUUGUUCAUUACUACCCACGAAGUUAGAAAGGCUAUUGAAAUCUUUUUAAAGGUUAGAGAAAUUUUUAUUGCUCAUAGAGGACCAGAUCAUUCAGAUGUAGCUAUUGCCGAAGAUAAUUUAGGUAUUGUUUAUGCUAAAAAUAGAGACUAUGUACUAUCGGAAAAAUCUUUAUGUAAUGCAAUUCAAAUUAGAACAAAGAAAUUGGGUAAAAAUAGUGCAUUGGUUGCAACAUCUCAAAAUCAUUUAGCUCAACUUUAUCUCUCUUGGGAUUCAAAUAAAAAUAAACAAUCAGAAUCUGUGCCUUUGUUUAAAUCUUCAAUUAAAAUUGUUGAUCAAUUACCAGAUCGUUAUUCUCGUGCUUUUAUGAGAUACAGUUUUUCAAAAUAUUACCGUAUCAAAAAAGAUAAGAACGAAGAGUUAAAACUAAUCAACGAAUCUUUACAAAUUUUAGAGAUCCAUAAUAUCGAUUCAGAAUUAAUCCACACACUUCGUGAAAGAAAAGACAAUCUAACAAAAAGUGGUAUUAGUAAAUUGUUUGGUUGGAUUAAUGGUCCUGCUAAAGUAUCAAAUAGCUCAGUUCCAAUUGUAAAUCAUAAUGCAAUCGAGUCACAAAAUCAAAACUCUGGUCACAUGGAAAUGACAUCAAAUACUUUUGCCUCUGGUGGCAGUGGAAAUAUUCCAAAAGAGUGGCAAGCUCUCUUUGAUGAAAUUGGUAUAACAAAUGAAGAAAUGUCUGACCCACAAUACACUGCAGAUCUUCAAUCAAUUAUUCAAGAAGCUUUGAUGGAAAAAUCAAAAGAAAACAAACGUACCAAAGGUAAAAGAAAAGUUUUAAAGAAAAAAGAUGUUAUGGACACUGUAAAUAACUUUAAAAAUGAAGUUAGAAAAAUUCAUGAAACUGUUUCAACCACAAAUUCAAUCAUUCAUUCAAAUAUUAAAAAAUCUUUAGAAAAAGAUUCAAGAGUUAUGAAAAAAGAAACUGAUAGUGAAUGUUCAAUCAAAAAACCAGCAUUAAGUAAAAAAAUUGCACCAGUCAAAGUAACUCCACCGGUUAUUGUUAAAACUGUUGCUCCACCAAAUAUAUAUAGAAAGGAAAAAUCACAACCACCAGCUAUCAAUCUUUUUAGUUCACUACCCUCUCGUCCUGCUCCGCCAAUACCCAGCUCCAGUGAUAUACCACUUGGUGCUAUAAAUAAACCAUAUGCAGCUCCUUUAAGAAGUUCUUCUGCUCCACCACCUGGAGGUGCUGCUCCAACUGCCUCACCUAAACCUGUAAGUGUUGCCCCACCUGUUCCACCAAAAACUGUUGCCCCACCUAUCCCACCAAAACCUCCACAAGCUUCACCACCACCACCACCUCCAGCAAUUCCAACAACUCCAUUACCACCACCUCCAACAAUUCCAAUAACUCCAUUACCACCAUUACCAGUAGAAUCAAUGGUCUUUUUAGAUACAGCUCCAAUAACUCCAUUACCACCACUACCAGUUCACGAAAUAGUCCAACCAACGGAUAUGGAGGUUCAAUCAUCAUUAUUUAAAAAACAAGAAUUGAAAAAACCUAGUCCUUUCAGUUGGUUUAAAACUAAAUCUCCUAGAACCUCAAUAUCACCAUCAUCAUCAUCAUUUGUUUCUAGAGAAAGUUCUCUAUCUGCUCCACAACCAACUUUUUCUGCAUCUUCACAAUCAACAUCAUUGUAUCCUAAGUUUGAUUUAGAUAAUGAACCAAGGUUAUCAUUACUUUCAUAUACUCCACCUGCCCCACUUACUUCAUCAGCUCCACCCGUUCCACUUACUUCAUCAGCUCCACCCGCUCCACUUACUUCAUCAGCUCCACCUGUUUCAUCAGCCUCACAACAAACCAGAUUAAGAAAAGUUGUUAAUAUAUCACAUACUGGAAAUAUUUAUCAUACACCAAUGGAAUAUACAGCCCCAACCUCAAAUACAUCAAAAAUGUAUCCAAAUCUUCAAUCUCAACAAUUACAACAAAUAGAAAAGCUACAAGAAAUCAAUAUCUAUGACGCACAUGGUAUGUCGCGUGAUUUAAAAAAUCUUAUCAAUGAUGAUAUUGUCACAUUCAAUGAUGACGAUGACGAAAAAGAAAUGGGAGAGGCUAUAGGUGGUUUAAAAAUUAAUGAAGAUGAAAGUAGUGAUCAAGAAGAAGAAGAAAUCCAUUAUGAAGACGAUGGGGAGGAUGAAGGAGAGGAUUAUGAAGAAGAAGAAGAAGAAGAUGAUGACGACGAAGAAGAAUCCAAUAAACAAUUCUAUUGGCCACAUUUAACCAACCUAUUAAAUAAGGAAGAUAUUGUAAAUACAAUUAAACAAAAACUUAAAGAAAAAAGAGAAAAUCUCAACUUAUUAAAAAACUUAAAAUAA